AUGGCUUACUAUUUCCAUUUCUACUGAGAACUGCCAUCUCAGGAAUCACCUCACCCUGGAGUUUAUUCCUCUCACCCACAGGGUGGCUGGCAGCCAACAGCUGACUCGUACAGAGAGUGGAACAAUGAGGAUUUGAAUCCACGUAUGUCUCACUGGACAUAUGCUCAGGAACUGGUAAGUUAUAAAAAGACCUCCUUUAUCGGCUGGAGACAUAGAAUUAGUCCAAAUGGUGUCACCUCCAGGAAGCCUUACUGUCAUUUCCAUAGAGGACAAUGGCCUGGGCCCACACCACCCUCCUGCCUGUCUUCAGCCUUUGUCAGUGGAUCCUUUCCCCACUUGGAAGACUCCCCUUGCAUCCUCCUCCAUGUUGUCCUCCAAAUGUGCUGGCCGAGAGCCCAGCGCCUGAAUCAGAGGGACCUGGGUUUGAAUCCCACCUCUGCCAUUAAACACCAGCUGUCUGACCUCAACUGUGUUCCUUUGCUUCUCUGGGCUUCAGAUUCUCCAUCUGAAUAA